AUGGUGGACGUACUCAAAGGCGUGAACCUGCUGGAAACCCUUAAAGACUCUAUGGAGCAUAAUAAUUUGUCCGAGGUCAAAGACGCGGUGGAAGACCUCCUCAUCAGCAGGCUCAACUUGGCUGUGGCGGGUGAGCGUUCGGUGGAGAAAACCACCUUUAUCAACUCACUUCACGGAAUCCCUGCUGGUGACGAAGGGGUGGUUCCCUCGUCGUCGGUCGCCACUGAGGACUUGAGGUGCUAUCCUAACCCCGCUCACCCCGACUUCCGGAUGUGGGACCUUCCGCCAAUCCCCAUUGUGACUCCAUUCGAUCCCGAUGUCUACAUGGAUGCCGUCAAGUUCCUCCGUUACAAUGUGGUCUUCCUAACAUUCACAAAGACUCCUUCACCUAGCUUGGUGUCAGUGGUGCUGCGGGCCCAUGCACUGCAGAUCCGGACAGUCUACUUGACUCUCUUGGUUUCUGGGAAAAAUCAAGAUCUGGAUUCCAAAAGAAGAGCUAGCAUGGAUGCUCUGACAUCCCAGGGUGUCACACAGGCUAAAGUUUACUUGGUCAACCCGUCUUCACUGGAAACGUUGGACUUCCCUGCCUUGCUGGAAGACCUGGCCAAAGAACUCCCAGAGAUCAGGUGGUACGCCCUCUUGAUGGCCCUGCCCACGCUGACUCCUGCCCUGGUGAUUCAAAAGAAGGAAGCUUUUGGAGCUCUGGUGUGGGCAGCGGCCUCCCUAUCCGGCGGCGUCUCGACCAUCCCGGUGCCAUUCGUGGCCUCGGCAGUGGACUCCAGCGUGGCCGUGCGGGUUCUGUGCAAAGCGCAGGCAUCCCUUUGUCUCGACGACGCGUCCGUGGAGCGUCUGGCCCGCCAGCGAGGCCUGGAACCGGGCCCGCUCAAAGCUCUGCGGGUGUGCCCGCUCUCGGUGGAGGUCACCAAAGCAGAAGUCAAGAGGCGGCUGGCGUCGGUGGCGGAGAAGGACUGGUCCUCGUUCUCUUCAAGGCUGGUACAGAUGGCCGUGCCCAGACACGCUCGCUCGGUCGGACGCUCCUUCACCGCAAUGCUGCAUGCCUUGAACGCCGCUAUCGAUGACAUGGCGUCAGAUGCAGAGAAGAUUUUGAACUUUUGCUCAGAGAGGGCAAAAGACUGUAGGCUUUCUUGUUAG